CUCUGCCUCUGGCAUCUGAUAGCCUCUGCAUCUCUGUUGUCUCGGCAAACCGCAUCGCAGCCCUCGCCAAACCUCCACCAGCGCAGUCAUUGUUUCCGCCUACUCUCGGCUUUCGAACCGUCUGACGAUAGGCCGGGCCAUCUCGCAAUCGCUUGCUGUGGCUGAAGCGCGCGUCGCGAUCCAUUCCUCAGCUGCUGAACUUCGGAGCGUUUGACCAUGCCCAGCAUCCUGUCACAUGUCCGAACCGCACUCAGCCUGGCCAAGUCGUGAAGAUCAAGUUGUCUUAUCAUUAUUAUUAAUCAGAGCAUGGGGCUGAGCUGAACACUAUUCAACAAACGGCAAGAGAGACAAAACAUGGCUCAGAAACAGAUGCAGCUGGAAGACUGGCUGGACGAUCUCUGCGUCCGGUUCAUCAUCAACCUUCCCCAGGAAGACUUGUCUUCGGUUGCCCGAUUGUGCUUCCAAGUUGAAGAGGCACAAUGGUUCUACGAAGAUUUCAUCCGGCCGCUCGAUCCGACCCUCCCGUCCAUGACACUGCGCACAUUUUGUCUACGAAUCUUCCAACACUGCCCGCUGCUAGCCUCGUUUUCGGUCGAGAACCAUAUCAAGGCAUUUGAAGAGUUUUUGCAGUACAAGACUCGCGUGCCGGUCCGCGGUGCCAUCAUGCUCAACCAAGACUUGGAUUCAGUAGUUCUCGUCAAAGGCUGGAAGAAAGGGGCCAGCUGGAGUUUCCCUCGAGGCAAGAUCAACAAGGACGAAGAUGAUCUAGACUGCGCCGUCAGGGAAGUCUACGAGGAGACCGGCCUGGACCUCCGAGAGGCUGGACUGGUACCAAACGAGGGUAAGCCUAUAUACAUUGAAAUCCCUAUGAGAGAGCAGCAUCUUCGCCUAUAUGUCUUUCGAGACGUCCCUAUGGAUACGGUAUUCCAGCCUCGAACCAGGAAAGAAAUCAGCAAGAUUGAAUGGUACAAGCUGUCCGAUCUACCUACGCUGAAGAAGAAGGGCCCGCAAAACAAUAACCACCAGUAUGAUUCCAGUGCCGGGACCAACGCCAACAAAUUCUACAUGGUUGCCCCAUUCUUGGUCCCUCUGAAGAAGUGGAUCGUUAGUCAGAAGAAGAACGAUGCGAAGAGAGCAACGGGUGGUGUUCCGCAGGCGCAUCCUGUCCGCCACCAUCAGCAUAUGCCGAUUGAAGAGGAUCCUACCGAAGAUGAGGCAUGGGCUCCCAACAAUGUUCCCGCUGCUGCGCCUACGAUUGAAUCCCUUGAUGGAGCCACCCGGGAAUUGCAUCGCCUGCUAAACUUGCAGCCAUCUGCUCAACCGUCCAUUGAGCCAGCCGUUCAGCCAUCUGCUCAGCCAUCCGCUCCACCAUCUAUUGAAGCGUUACUUGCACAAGCACAGGCUUCGCGAGCACAAACUCAGCAGGCGCAAACUCAGCAAGCUCAGGCUAUACAGACAACCGCCGCUCCACCAUCUAUCGAAGCCUUGUUAGCCCAGGCACAAGCUAUGCGAGCACAAAAUCAGCAAGCUCAGGAUAUGCAACAACCUACGUCAGUCGCUUCAAAAGACAAGGGCAGUGCACUACUAUCUCUUCUCCAAUCCCCUAGUUCGUCACAGCUACCAAACGCACUCUCGUCUCUCAAGCUAGCGGAAGCAGGGCAGCCUCGAAACGCCCAAGCCAAUGCCAAUGCUAUGCCUCAGCUUAUUCCCAACAGCCACUCACAACCUCCCAACUUUGCUCCACCUCCGCACCAAUCAUCUGCUGCAUUGAACCUCUUGCAAAAUUUGAAUGGAGGCGUGAGUAACGGAGCACCGCGUAACUACCCUGCUCACCCUGGACAUACUAUCACGACACAGCAAACUUUUACUGCAACCUCUACCAUCAAGGCAGAUCCAUUGCAGCCACCUCGUAUCCUCCAGAGAGGAGAGUCUCUGGAACAGGCCCAGCCAGCUGGCCCAGCAGAACAAGCCAAGCCCAAUUUUACUCCAUUCGCAGGGCUUUACGACAAUCUAGGACAGCCCCGGCCUGGACAAGUGGUCCAACCGUCGCCUUCUGCCCUGCCCAUCCCCAUGAGCUCUCAAACUCAAACAACGCAAUAUACGGCAUCCAACUACAAUUACAAGCCAAAUGUGUCUCCGGAACAGAAGCGGGCGCUUCUCUCUCUCUUUGGAACGCCAGCCAAAGCUGCUGCAGACGCACAGCAAUCUGGACCAGCUGCGAGCGGGCAUUCCAUGCCUCGGAUGGGAUCGAUAUCUGGACCGAUUGCUGAUGGGCAACGGAAUGCGCCGCCAUCUCGCAAUAGCAAUGCGACGCCGAUAUCGCAGGCCGACCAAAGCUUUUUGUUGGGUUAUUUGCAGUCUGUGACGAAGAAUGCUGCGCGUUAAAUGGGACGAGCUGAGUCAAAAAGAUGGAAAUUUGCUGUGUCUUGAAGGGGUUUUUACACGAGAGAGGGCUGUAAGGGAGAUGGGAGAAGGGACAUUCUUUCAAUCGGGGCUGUGAUAGUAGCAGCGACUCAAAGCGAAUUUGAAUUAGCUUAUUAUUAUAAUUAUCAUCAUCAUUACUAUUACUAUGUGUGCUUUCUUGUAGGCGUCUUGGCUAUUGA